GCAUUUUCAAUAUCUUUAUUGCAGAGGAUGCCUUGAUUGAAAAAGAAAAAUCAAUUCAGAGUACAUUUGAAGCCAACAGCAUAAGGGAACCACAUUUCAUUCAUAAAUCAGUUUGAUGAAGCUCUUCUUCGUUAAACGUCAUUGCUGCUCUUUGGCUUCUUUUAACCCCAACAACUCCGUUAAACACCCAUCAGACAAAUAUUUCCAAAUCCUCCAUUUCUGCAGGUCAGCUCAACUUGUCCCCGCCAUCCACCUCCUUAACACCCUACAUGUUCCUACCCUAACCUCCUCUUCCAAUAAACGAUUUCUGUACGCUUCCCUCUUGCAAACUUGCACAAAUGUUCAAGCUUUUCCUCUUGGGGUUCAAUUCCAUGCACACGUCAUUAAAUCUGGUCUCGACACUGAUCGUUUUGUAGGUAAUAGUUUACUUGCUCUGUAUUUUAAGUUGGGUCCUGAUUUUAGAGAAACUCGGAGAGUUUUUGAUGGGUUGUUUGUGAAAGAUGUUAUAUCGUGGACUUCAAUGGUUUCGGGGUAUAUUAAAGCGGGUAAACCUGAGUGUUCCCUUGAAAUGUUUUCGGAAAUGCUGGGUUUGGGAGUUGAGCCAAAUGCCUUCACCUUAUCUGCUAUAAUCAAGGUGUGUUCCGUUCUUGGGAAGUUGAGGCUGGGAUGGUGCUUGCACGGGGUGAUUACGAAACGUGGUUUUGAUUCGAAUAGUGUAAUUCUGUGCGCAUUGAUUGAUUUUUAUGGGAGGAUUUGGCAGUUGAAAGAAGCGUGUCAGUUGUUCGAUGAAUUGCCUGAGCCGGAUGCUAUUUGUUGGACUUCUAUUAUUUCUUCUCUCACGAGGAAUGAUUUGUAUAAGGAAGCAUUGCAUUUCUUUUAUUUGAUGCAAAGGAAUCAUGGGUUGAUCCCUGACGGAUUUACAUUUGGAACAGUAUUGACAGCUUGUGGGAAUUUAGGGAGGUUGAGGCAAGGGAAGCAAGUGCAUGCUAAGGUCAUUACCUAUGGACUUUGUGGAAAUGUGGUGGUCGAGAGCAGUCUUCUUGACAUGUAUGGAAAGUGUGGGUUGAUUGAUGAGUCUCAGCGUAUUUUCGAUAGGAUGUCGAAAAGGAAUUCGGUUUCUUGGUCUGCAUUGCUUGGUGUUUACUGUCAGAAUAAAGACUACGAAUCUGUUAUUAGAAUAUUCAGGGAAAUGGAUGUAUCCGAUCUCUAUUGUUUCGGAACUAUUCUCCGUGCAUGUGCAGGUUUAGCCGCUGUAAGACUAGGGAAAGAAGUUCACUGCCAGUAUGUGAGACGGGGUGGCUGGAGAGAUGUUAUCGUAGAGUCAGCCUUAGUUGAUCUUUAUGCAAAAUGUGGCUGUAUAGAUUUUGCACAUCGCAUCUUCGUGCAGAUGUCCAAUAGAAAUCUGAUAACAUGGAACUCGAUGAUUUAUGGGUUUGCUCAGAAUGGAAGAGGUGGGGAAGCUCUAAGUAUAUUUGAUGAGAUGAUCAAGGAAGGCAUUAAGCCUGAUUAUAUUAGUUUUAUUGGAGUUCUUUUUGCUUGCAGUCAUUCUGGCUUGGUGGAUCAAGGCCGAAAAUAUUUUAACUUAAUGACCAGGGAAUAUGGGAUUAAACCUGGAAUUGAACAUUACAACUGUAUGGUUAACCUCUUAGGCCGUGCUGGGUUACUGGAAGAAGCUGAAAACUUGAUAGAGAGUGCAGACUUUAGAGACGAUACAUCCCUUUGGGCCGUACUUCUUGGGGCUUGCACAACCAGUACAAGUUCCAGUAAUGCUGAGCGUAUUGCUAAGAAAAUGAUUGAACUGGAACCUAACCAUCAUAUGAACUAUGUUCUCCUAGCUAAUGUAUACAGAGCAAUUGGACGGUGGAAUGAUGCUCUAAAGGUUAGGCAGCUAAUGGAAGACAGAGGAGUGAAGAAGAUUAGGGGCACCAGCUGGGUUGAGACUACCAGUAACAUGAGUUCUUAUAUCGAUGUGGUUGAUACGGAUAUAUCUUGCAGGCAAACAGAGCCCAACCAAAUCAAGUUUUAUUUGCCGCAAGAGAGAUUCAUAGAUAGAACUGAUAAAUUGAUUAGGAUCUCUUGGUCUUUUACCUGCGGAGAUAAAUUUUAAUUAGUUUAAUAUUUAUCCUAAAUUUUGUUAUUUAUCAUUUUAUUAGUUGUUAUAAAAUAGCUUAAGAUUAUAAUUUUGUUUUAGAUAAAUCACUUUAAUAAAAUUUGUAAUUUAUCAAA